GGAUUGCGAACACACCCGUUGCUGGAGUAGUACAUUCCCGGGAGGUGAUUGACGGGGCUCGUUUUUAUCCUCCUGAAAAGCGGUUUUGGGGAAUGAGGCGAGCGCCUUCUGCGAGCGACGCGCACCGAAUUCCCUUUUAAAUGAAAGCGUUAAAAGUUGGGAGAUGAUUUCGCUGCUGGGUUGCUGGAUCCCCUUUCUGUGGCUAACAGCCUGGAGGUGCGAGGGCCUGCACGUCACCGUGCCGGGGGGGAAGAAGCUGGGCAUGCUCUUCCAGACGGUUGUCCUGGAGUGCCGCUACACCACGCCCUCCAGCCAGCCGCCCGUGGUCCAGUGGUGGUACAAGUCCUACUGCCACGACCGCACCAGGGACGCCUUCAGCGGCGCCGAGAGCCUGGGCGUCUCCGAGCAGGACUCCGGCGCGCACCUGGACUGCGCCGACGCCGGGCGCACGGUGCGUGUGGUGGCCUCCCGGCAGGGCGAGGUGUUCCGGCUGGCCGAGCACUACAAGGGGCGGGACAUCACCAUCGUCAACAAGGCCGACCUGCGCAUCGGAGAGCUGCGGUGGGGCGACAGCGGGGUCUAUUACUGCAAGGUGGCAGUCGGAGACGACCUGGAGGGCAUAAAUGAAGACAAGGUAGAGCUGCUGGUGCUGGGUAGGACAGGGUCUUCUAACGACCUCCUGCCCAGUCUUGAUGUGGAGAUUAUGCCAGAGUGGGUGUUCGUGGGGGUGGUCAUUCUGGGCGGAUUCACCUUUAUCCUGUUUGUGGGAAUCUGCUGGUGCCAGUGCUGCCCUCACAGCUGCUGCUGCUAUGUGCCCUGCCCCUGCUGCCCGGAGACGUGCUGCUGCCCCCGACACUUGUAUGAAGCUGGAAAAGCAGUGAGGACUCGUCCAGCCCAACAAAUUGCCACUAUCUACCCACCUUACUAUGUGUCGAAUGUGCCCAUGGUUCCCAUUGGGCCUCCAGCCUUGAUGGAUCCGAAGGUGGCUGCGCCAACCAUAGAGAACAGUGUUGCAGGCGCAGUGUCCAGUGGGUACCACAUCCAGGCCAGUAAGGAACAGGACUCUAUGAAGGCUCUGUACUACAUAGAAAAGGAGAUUGCACAGUUUGAUCCUGCCAAAAGAGCAUAUGAGAAAUCCACCAGCUUGUCGGAGCUCAGCUCUCUGCACGAAGGAGACGCCGAUUUCCGUCGCUCCUACCACAAAGUGCAGAGAAACGCGCUCCCAGCCAUCGCUGACCGCGACGAAGAGUCGGAAUUCAGGUCUGCUUCUGCCUCCCAGGGGCGCCGAUCUGCGCGGUACCCCCUCCAGGCAAACAGGUCCGAGGAGCAGUACCAGAGCAGCAGGUGGAAGCCCAGAUCGGAGCACCUCCAGAGAAAGUCUAUGCGGUCGAGCGGCCGCACGGGCUCCCUGGACGAGCUGGAGGAGUUCGCCCAGUCCUACGACCAGAGGCUCAAGCGGGGCGACUACAGGGACGCCGAGCGGGACUACAGGCCGGCCCUUGAGGAUAGGGAUCCCUUCCGCACCUCCCAGGACCACGGGCGUUACCACGACGGCGAGCGCCCGCGCCGCGGGGCGUCCGCGGACGAUUACUACCGCAAGGGAGAGCGGGGCGGGUACGAGCCGGAGCGGAGGUGGCCGCCCAGCCCCCCCUCGCCCAAGAAGAGGGAAGCAGGCGGGCGCUACUCUCCCCACUACCUCACGGGCAGCAGGAGCUACGACGGCGCCUACCUGACCAGCGUCCUGGAGAGGAAGGCCCGGGGGAGGGCCCCGGAGGAGAGCUUCGACAGCGAGACGCCCUCCAAGUCCAGCUCCAAGAAGAGCAGCGACUGCCUCUACAACCGGUCCCCCAGCUGCAGGCCGGAGGAGGAGGACUCCCUGCCCCCUUACUCGGAAGGAGAGGCCGACAGGCACCACACGGUGGCCUCCUCAGCAAGGCCCUUCUCCUAUAUUAGGGAUCCUCAGUGCAGCUCUUACACACUGCAUGACAGGAGGGAGGAGAGGCAGAAGCUCAGGAAAGUGAGCACACUCCUAAGUAGGGAUUCCAUUGUAGUGUGAGCUCUGAAUCUGCAAGAGACUAUGAAGGUUUUUUAUGCGUGUUGCAUUCAACAGUGGAGCCCGUACCGGAGGGGAACUCAUGAAAAUGAUGCGGAAACGCAUGUGAAACUGAGAACUGGAGGAGUGCUUUUACGCAAAGUGUUUUGUGGGUGUCUUGAACACGGGACCUAGCCCAGCUGUUGAAGCUGAUACCCAGACUUCUUUCAAGAAACGACCGGAUGAGAUUCUCGGAUCAGUUCGUUCCUAGCGUUUGCAAGAGCUGGAGGGCUUAAUUCAUUUCUUCAGUAGCUCUUGUUGUUUUCAAAUCAGCGGAGUUGGAAUUUGCAGUUAUCUUUGUCCAUAUAUGGGAUUUUUGAGAAGGAGCUUCAGGCCGAUUCCUCACAUCAAAGCACUGAACACAGUCAACCAAGGUGCUGUCCACUUUGAUAAGUCCACUGAAGCAUAUAGACCCAGCUCCCCACAAACGUAACGAGGUCAUCUUCGGAUGUCUGGGCAGGUUGGUGAUGCUUCUGAUUGUAUGGAGCAGCAGGAAGAAACAAAAUACAGGAAAAGCCUGUCUGAAUAUCCUGCUGGGUGGAAAAAGGAAAUGCAACUUUUGUUUUCUGGCAUGCGCUGAAUAACGUUUAGAACCAGGCGCAAGCCUGCCAGCCUCAGGGUUAUUGAAUGUCUCCUGCUGUUUUUGCUUUCUGUGAGGCCACAGUCCCACGCGUGUCAGCUCAUCGCAGUGAGAGCACGGCCGAAGAUCUUAACGCUAAAGUCACGAGGGGCGGAUGUCACAUACCAUCACGAAACGUCUUUUCCUCUGCUCUAGCUUUGCCUUCUGGAUCAGGGAAUACUGUAUGCUGUGUGGAAAUGGAAAACUCAAUUGUGUAUGACAACAUACAUACAGCAUGUGACACCGACAUAUUAGAGAUGUAUCGUACAAGGUAUUAUAAUAAAAUGAUGAAUGAAACUUAAAAUGAAAUAAAAAUACAUAACUUAAAAAUAGUUUCAGUUCCACCCCCACUCCCCAAGACUUGCUUUUUUAAACAGCCGAUGAGAAUCGGAAACAACCAGCGAACCCAUAGGACCUGCUAUUAAAACUAAUCACUAGGCUGACGGUAGGUUUGUAAAAAAAAGUCUAUUCUCAGCCUUUCAUUUAACUGAGGUUCAGUGAGAGGUUGUGCUACUUCAUUAUGAGAACAUUGUGCCCUCAUUUUGUUCACUAGGAGUGCAGUCUUGUUUCAUUUAGUGUAUUUAUUGCAAUGAAAAUGAAGCUUUGGUGAGCAUGUGCCAUGAAUCAUACAGUUACAGUAUAGUUUUUAAUUGCGUUCACCCAGCAAGAAGCUACUGAGUGUCAAAAGCUUUGAUUCUCCAGACGUAUUUGUAGUUCACACCAUACGAAAUUAUUCCAGCAAUGCGGUAUCUGUCUAGGGGUGAUUUUAUAGUUCUGGAAAUUACUGCACAACUUAUAAAGGAAAGUGAGAGCAGUACUGCAAUAGCAAUAAUUAUAAAUGCUAUAGCAGCUGAUUUUCCACUUUUAAGACCCAUUUCACCACUUUACUGCACUGAUUUAAUUAUUUCCCAUUAUUAUGCAUUUUUGAAAACGCUGCUUUGAGGGGGGAAAAAGAAGCACCCACAUGCAUGUGUUCUGUAACUCACAUUUAGCGUCACAGUGCUACGUGUGACAUGUGAUCUCUGCUAUGGUCUAGCCAACCACUAGACCGAAACUCCACAGUGGCCCUACAGUAUACACUGUUAUUGCCUGAUCCUUGCACAGUGCAUUCAGCAAUCUUCCUGGGAUUAUCUUUCUGUACCAGGUUUGUAGUUUCACAGGCAAGAAAUGGUGAUCUGGCCAUAUAGUGUGUUGGCAUUGACAAGGCAUAGACAGGGCAGCACUAAAAUGUGAUUACUCCGCUUCUAUUUGGCCUGUGUUCUCUGUAUUGAUAAUAAGAACCGUUACCCUAGGUAAAUAAAUCAUCUUGUGGUUCCAGAGUAAAGAGGCUUUCCUUUGAAA